CUCGGCUCCGGCUACAAAUGUGGUGGUGCCCAUCCUGCCGGUAUCAGCCAGCCCCCACAGCUUCUACUGCCCCGAACUGUCCCGGGCUCGAGCACCGAGCUGAUCGUGUGGGGCGCCAAUGGUGAACACCGGGCGCUUCGUCAUCCUCGCCCUCGCCUACCGCUUCCUGGUACCCAUCCUCUCAGCUGAGCCGGACCACGCCACCAGAGAGUCGUAUGUCGUCUACAUGGGGAGCCCGUCGGGCGGCGGCGGCGACCUGGAGGCGGUGCAGGCGGACCACCUGCAGAUGCUGUCGUCCGUCGUCCCGAGCGGCGAGCAGGGGAGGGCGGCGCUGACGCAGAGCUACCACCACGCGUUCGAGGGCUUCGCCGCCGCGCUCACCGAGAAGGAGGCCGCCUCGCUCUCCGGGCACGAGAGGGUGGUGUCAGUGUUCAAGGACCGCUCGCUGCAGCUGCACACGACGCGCUCCUGGGACUUCCUCGAGGUGCAGUCCGGGCUCCAGUCCGGCCGCCUCGGCCGCCGCGCGUCAGGCGACGUCAUCAUCGGCAUCAUCGACACAGGUGUCUGGCCGGAGUCGCCGAGCUUCGACGACGCCGGGAUGCGGGAGGUGCCGGCGCGGUGGCGCGGCGUGUGCAUGGAAGGCCCCGACUUCAAGAAGAGCAACUGCAACAAGAAGCUCAUCGGCGCCCGGUACUACGGCGUGCAGCCCGAGUCGGCGUCGAACGCCUCCCGGGCCGUGGCGGCGCCGGCCGCGACCGGCUCGCCGCGGGACACCGUGGGGCACGGCACGCACACGGCGUCGACGGCGGCCGGCGCGGUGGUGGUGGACGCGGGCUACUACGGGCUCGCCCGGGGCGCGGCCAAGGGCGGCGCGCCCGCGAGCCGGGUGGCCGUGUACCGCGCGUGCUCGCUGGGCGGGUGUUCGUCGUCGGCCGUGCUCAAGGCCAUCGACGACGCGGUGGCCGACGGCGUGGACGUGAUCUCCAUCUCCAUCGGCAUGAGCUCCGUCUUCCAGUCGGACUUCCUCAGCGACCCCAUCGCGCUGGGCGCGUUCCACGCGCACCAGCGCGGCGUGCUGGUGGUCUGCUCCGGCGGCAACGACGGGCCCAACCCCUACACCGUCGUCAACUCCGCGCCGUGGAUCCUCACCGUCGCCGCCUCCUCCAUCGACCGCUCCUUCCAGUCCAGCAUCGUGCUCGGCAACGGCGCCGUCGUGAAGGGAGUGGCGAUAAACUUCUCCAACCACAGCCUCAGCGGCGGCCAGUACCCCCUGGUGUUCGGGGCCCAGGCGGCCGCCCGCUACGCGCCGCUCUCCGAGGCAAGCAACUGCUACCCUGGAUCGCUGGACGCGCAGAAGGUGGCCGGGAAGAUCGUGGUGUGCGUGAGCACGGACCCGAUGGUGUCGCGGCGGGUGAAGAAGCUGGUGGCCGAGGGGAACGGCGCCCGGGGCCUCGUGCUCAUCGACGACGCCGAGAAGGACGUGCCGUUCGUCGCCGGCGGCUUCGCGCUGUCCCAGGUCGGCACCGACGCCGGCGCGCAGAUACUCGAGUACAUCAACUCCACAAAGAAUCCGACGGCGGUGAUCCUCCCGACCGAGGACGCCAAGGACUUCAAGCCGGCGCCGGUGGUGGCGUCCUUCUCGGCGCGGGGCCCCGGCAUGACAGAGUCGAUCCUGAAGCCUGACCUGAUGGCUCCCGGCGUCAGCAUCCUGGCCGCCACGAUCCCGUCCGCGGAAAGCGACGACGUCCCGCCCGGGAAGAAGCCGUCGGCCUACGCCAUCAAGUCCGGCACCUCGAUGGCCUGCCCCCACGUCGCCGGCGCCGCCGCCUUCGUCAAGUCGGCGCACCCGGGCUGGACGCCGUCCAUGAUCAGAUCGGCUCUCAUGACCACAGCGACGACGACGAACAACCUCGGGAAGCCGGUGGCGAGCAGCACGGGCGCGGCGGCGACGGGGCACGACAUGGGCGCCGGGGAGAUGAGCCCGCUGCGCGCGCUCAGCCCGGGCCUGGUGUUCGACACCAGCGCGCAGGACUACCUCAACUUCCUCUGCUACUACGGCUACAAGGAGCAGCAGGUCCGGAAGGUCUCCGGCGCCGCGCGCUUCUCCUGUCCGGCCGGCGCGCCCUCGCCGGACCUCAUCGCGUCGGGUGUCAACUACCCGUCCAUCUCCGUGCCGCGCCUCCAGAGGGGGAGGCCCGCCACCGUGGCGCGCACGGCCAUCAACGUGGGGCCCUCGAACGCGACGUACGUGGCGGCCGUCGAGGCGCCGCCGGGCGUCACGGUGACGGUGUCGCCCGACCGGCUGGUGUUCUCGAGGAGGUGGACGACGGCGAGGUACGAGGUGAGCUUCGACGUGGCGGCAGGCGCCGGCGUGGGCAAGGGGUACGCGCACGGCGCCGUCACCUGGUCGGACGGGGCGCACUCGGUGCGGACGCCGUUCGCCGUCAAUGUCCUCUGAUCUGAUGGAGUGAUGUUUUUUUUUCUUUUUUUGCUUCUUCGUUUACUGUGUGUGUUUGGUUUUGGUCUUUGCGUGACACGUAACCCAUUUGUACUGUGCCCGGGGAGCAGCGCUCCCCCUUGUUUUGACAGUAGGGGAAUAAUUUGAAAUUCAGUUUUGUUAACCACUGGGCCACAAUCAUGAGAAGUCAGCUUAUUUAGGCAAUUAGGCUCAA